GGAGGAGCUGACACACAGCAAGCAAGCUGGGAGACGCAGCAGCAGCACAUGAAGGAGCGCAGGUUCCCAGGCGAGAAAGCUGAAGUUUUUGUUUUGGGAGCCAACCAACAGGCGGAAUUUCACUGGAGAACUUAUAAUAAUAUAUAAAUAUAUUGCAGUUGGUCUCUUUAUGGGGAGGCUAAGUCUCCCUAGAGCGUCCUUAUUCUGUGCCUAUGCAGGUUACAGAUAGACUUUUGCAGCGCAUGGAAUGGACAGGCAGCGUGUGUGUAAGAGCCAUGGAUAAGUGGGGAUAAACCAGUGGAGCUACCAUGAAGCAGCCUCCACUCUGAACCCAUGGGGAGUACAGGAUCUGCCACCCUUUGCCUUCUGUUCGUCAUUGCCCUGUCUCUACUACCUCUGCCCAGCCUCAGCUACAACAAUAAUGGAAAACAGAUCACCAAGCGCCAGAUCGAGGCUAACUUUGAUUACACAAUCAGCCGCAAAAUUGCCUUCCCGCAGACCUCAGACCCAAAUCAGACCUGCCCAAUAAAUCUGCCCUCAGAUGCCCUCUCCCUUUCCACUGUGGAACUGUGCCACCCCCUCAAGACAAAUCAAGCCUGCAAGAACUGUAUCCGUGUCGUCAUCUCUCUCAACUCUACAGGGUUCCCCCGACUUCAAGGGUUUUAUAUAGAGGCUCUGGAGAUCAGCACUAACAAGUACAAGUCUUUCCAGAUACUCAGAAGAAGCAGAGGGGCCCCUGAUGGAAACCUGUGGUCGAUCGAGUACGACUGUCUGACAGCAACUCCCAGCCAGUAUGUGUCCGUGUGGCUGUCGACCGUUCCCGAUUGUGGAGUGAGGAUCAGCAAGACGCACUACCUGCACGACAAUAAUGCUAAACCUGACUUCAACUAUACACACUCACCAGAACAACAGCAAAUUGCAGUCUCCUUAUCUAAGGGACCCACGUCAGUUGCGCGUCUUUGCUACAGAAGAUUUAUCUGCAACUCCCUGCCAGAAAAUGAAACCCCCAAGUUUAAUGUUACCAAGAAAGCCAUCCUGAAGUAUCAUCAUUUACUGCCCUGCCUGUGCAUUGAGGCCUAUUAUGAUUACCAGGACAGCCCCAGGAAUCAGAUUUGCCCUUUUGAAAGCCGUGACGACGCCUAUGGGCCUGAUUUCUGGAACAUAACGUGGUCACACUCAAAUGAUCGGCUGCUGAUGAAGUUCAAAUCCCUUUGCAUGCUGGAACCUUCCGUCUCCCUCUGCCAGAAACAAAACGUCUCCUGCAACGUUAUCCCCGGUGUUAAAAUCUCUACAACGGAACUGUUUGAGAAUAACCAAUUUUAUGUCUGGGCUUAUGAAGUUGACAAUGUGGACAAAGACCCCAAUUUGUGCUUUAAGUUUACCGUGAAUAGCAGGAGCCACGUAAGAUGUCCUGAAGUUGAGCUUGAAGACCGUGACUGGAAUGUGGAGGUGGAUAUGGGGCUUUUUCAGGUCCAUCUGACCAUUUUAUCUCGUGUUCCUGCAAACGUCAGUGUUGCUGUGUGCAAGGGUAACAACAGCAGGAUCAAGUGUGAUCCUCAAACCACCAUCCAGUUCAAUGAAGACAAUGAAGUACAAGUUUUCUCUACCCUACCAGCCAGGGGCACCUGCUAUAAGGUGUGGCGCUCUGAUGUUCUUUACGCACAUAAAUACCUCAUCUGCCCAGAUUAUUCCCAUAAGCACCUGGGGCUGAUUUUCUUGGCUUCAUUCCUAUUGGUGUUGGCGUUGGUUAUUCUCCUGUACCUGAUCUACCGACAGAUUAAGAAAAUAUUCACAGCCCCCCUUUGGAGUCGCACAGUGCUGCUGGUAUACUCCCCUGAUUCUGCCGAGUACAAGACCCUCAUUUGUGCAUUUGCUGACUUCUUGCAAAACAUUUUGGGCUGUGAGGUCAUUCUAGACAUGUGGGAUAUGAACACAGUGAGCCAGCUCGGAACAUUACCUUGGUUCUAUCAAAAACGAGAGCUGGUGGCACAGAGAGAAGGCAGCGUCAUUAUCAUGUGGACAAAGAAGAGCAGGCGCAUGUAUGAUCAGUGGACAAGCAGAAAACUAAGUCGUUAUGAUUGGACAGACCCAGUCAACCUGUUUGGAGCAGCCAUGUCCUGUUUGAUGAAGGACUUUGACGUUGAGGAGGAAAAGGGCAACCUGAAGGACUAUACAGUUGUCUACUUUGAAGGUCUUUGUGAUAAACAUGAUAUUCCCCACAGAAUGAGAAAAAUCAGUAGGUUCCGCCUCUUUAAGGAUCUCUACAGGCUGGUCAGUAUACUGCAGGGUAGAACUUGCUUAUCCCCUCCCUGCCUUAUAAAGGGAGCUGCCAAGUAUCUCAUGAGAAGACUGGAGAGAUCAGAAAAGAGCAGAGGCCUCCAGCAGCACGUGGAACUUUAUAGGCAGAGACUUCAUGAACAGGGCAGUUAGCCUUGGAGCUGGUGGUCAAAAAUGGACUUUAUCUUAAGCUCCUUUUAGGGUCCUAUCAAGUAGGAUGCCAUGGUUUUCAGGUAGCCCAAUGUUUUUUGCAUAGAGGAUACAGAUAGACCUACUACUGGCAUUGGUAUUUCCCAGCCCCAUGGUUGGCCUCAUGGUGUUAUUAUUAGGCAAUUAGGUCAAUUACAGCUCAGUUGGCAUGAUAUGGGUCCAUCAAACGAUUAUAUUCUGACUGUAAGAAGUUCAAGAUGGAGCAGAUUCUGACUGAAUAUGGUGGUAAACGUAUGAUAGCCACUUCAGCAGGUGGAUUUGAUUACUGCACUGUCUUUGCAAGCCAAAUAUAUACAGCGGUAAUACUAAAUGCCAAAAAGAAUUGUUUGAUACAGUUAAAGUGAUAUCAACAGCGCUAGGGGAAAUUGGUGCAAUGGGUGCACCUUGGCAAAUGGCAUUGGUUCCAUGGCAAUGGGAAAAUCGUUUUCCAUUAGGAGACCAAUAGGGAUCUGUAGUUCAGCGAUAGCUGAAGGGUUCAGGGUUGCCUGUAUUUCUAUUCGGAAUACAAGCAACGUUUUGCUGCGGGGGGGGGGUUCUUUGAGUUGUCUUGCACUGGCCAGUUUGUAAGUGUCAUGGAGCUUGAAUGAUGGAUCCUUAUGUGGGUAAAGUUUUACUGUGUACAUAAGUAUGAAGGAAACUGGAUAGAUAUUAUAAGGUGAAAAAUCUGUAUUAAACGGUACAUAUUACAUACAUACAUAACAGAAAAGAUGCCCACGGACUCCUUUACAUGUAGAUCGGUUGUAGAUACAGCUAUUUUGCACUUGUACAGGUAUGGGAUCCGUUAUCCAUAAAACCAUUAUACAGAAAGCUCUGAAUUGUAGAAAGACCAUCUCC